AUGUGCGAUAAUAAUAAACCUGAUCAAAAGCGGGGUCAUCAUAUAAUACCACCUGGAUACCCCAAUAACAGUUUAUCCGUUGCUCUUCAACUACCAAGAUCGCUGAAAUUAAAAACGAUUGCUUUAAAUGAAUUAGCUAUUGAUCGUAAUGGUGCACGAACCGUUAUAUGUUGCAAUUUUAACAUUAAUGAACCAACAGAAAGAUGCCAACAAUUCGGUUUCUGUUAUAAUGAAGAAAAAUCCAGAGGCAAUCUUUCAGAAUCAAUUUUUGACGAAUUAAAUAAAUUUCCGACAAAAAAGAAUCAAAAUCCAGAUAAUAUCAUCGAUUGGU